UUAAUAAUAGUAGUAGUCAUGUUUGGUCACUAAAAAUAUUCAUGUUUGGUCACUAAAAGUAUUUAAUUCCAUUCGUGGUCUCUAAGUUUAGUAAAACAUGUCAUGUUUGGUCACUCUCCGUUACCUUCCGUCAGUCCAUGUUAUCACCGUCAGUCAUUUGUUGAUGUGACUAACAAACUCGCCUAGUCACCUAUUCUAACCACACAAAAAAAUCUGACUCUGUCACGUCAUAAAAAACAUGUCACAUCAUAAAAACCUAACCAUCGUGGUCAAUUAACCCAUAACCUGACCCACCCCAAAUUAAAACCCAAGUUUGACCACUCUCCAAAAUCCUUGGUUUUGAAAAUCAUAAAUUCCCAAAUCAUGUAUAUAAACUAAAUAAAGGUUUGUACGAUUUAAAAGAAGCUCCGAGAGCCUGGUAUGAUAAGCUAAGUAAUUUUUUAAUUAAAGAUGAUUUUCACAAAGGCUAAGUGGAUAAAACUCUGUUUAUUAAGACUAUAAAGAAUCAUACUUUACUGGUUCAAGUGUAUGUUGAUGAUAUUAUUUUCGGAUCAACCAGUCAAAGCUUAUGCAAAGAGUUUGAAGCAACUAUGAAAGGAGCUUUUGAAAUGAGUCUCAUGGGGGACUUAAUUAUUUUCUUGGACUACAAGUUAAACAAACUAAUAAAGGAACUUUCAUAAGUCAAACAAAAUAUCUUCUAAACAUGCUUGAAAGAUUUGAUCUUAAAAAUCUCAAAAUAGCCUUAACCCCUAUGGGUUCCACAGUAAUAUUAACAAAGGAUGAAUCUGGAAUUGCGAUUGAUGACAAAAUGUAUCGUGGAAUGAUCGGAUCAUUAUUGUAUUUAACAGCAAGUCGAUCUGAUAUAAUGUAUAGUGUGUUUGUGCAGGAUUUCAAAGUUGUCUUAAAAUGAGUCAUCUAACAAUAGACAAAAGGAUUUUUCAAUAUCUUAUUGGUACUUCUCAUUUAGGAAUGCAGUAUUCGUGUGCGUCUAGCUUAGAACUCAUUAGUUGCAGUGACUCUGAUUAUGCUAGUUGCGUUCUUGAUAGAAAAAGUACAUCCGACAUCUGCCAUUUUUUGGGAACUUUCUUAAUCUCGUGGGCUAGUAAAAAAUAAAGUUAUGUAACCUUGUCUACUGUAGAGGCAGGAUACAUAACUGCAGGACUGAGCUGUACAUAGCUCCUGUUGUUAAAAUAUCAACUUAAGGACUAUGGUCUAGAUAUAAAUUCUCACCUUAUUCUUUGUGAUAACACUAGUGCGAGAAUAAUGACUAAGAACCCAAUUCAACACUCUCGCACCGAGCAUACUGAAGUAAGAUAUCACUUCAUUCGUGAAUUGGUUCAAGAAGGAAAGAUCUGUCUAGAGUUCAUUAGUACAUAUAUGCAGUGGGCUGAUAUCUUCACUAAACCCCUUGGGACAGAAAAAUUCCUACCUAUUCGCCAUGAACUUGGCUUAUUCUUCCUCAAUGAGAUUGAAUCUCUAUGAGUCCUGAUUAUGAGGAUAUGUACUUACCAUUCUCAAGGAUUCUUGCUUGUGAUAAAUAAUCAAAAGUCAUAUCAAAAUCGUCCUUAUCGUGUCUACUCAGAUUCAUUCUAGGUUAAAGUUUUCUUAUAUAUCGAGGAGUCCCUAGGGUUCUCUCUUCUUCCACCUUCAUUAGUUACCCUCAUCUUCUACUCGUAUAUCAAAAUGGCCUUCAACAAUGCUCAACUACAUCCCUCUGUUGUUUUCAACAAUCAAGGCUUUCGCAAUGCACCUUCCUAUUCCUGAUAUCUUCGAAGGUUCAUGAAUCAUCCCAUCUAUCCUUCUUUUUCCAUUCAACCUUACAGUUUCACUAAACAUGAUAUGAACAUUCCUACUCUUCUUGAUGGCAUUGGCAGGAGUUUAUUGAUUGACAACAUGCGAUUCAGUACUAUCCUGAGGCAGUGCGCAUGUUUUAUGUCAAUCUCAAAUGCGGUCUUGCUGUGAUCCUUCGUUUUUCACGACUGUCGUGUUUAACUAUGAGAUCACAUUUAAUCCUACACAUCUGGCCAAUAUCCUCGAUCUUCCUCACCCGGGACUUCAUGCUGGCACUGAUGGUGAAUUCGCUGAUAUGGGAUUCGACUUUGAUGCUGCUCUAGCGACAUGUACAUGUGAUAUAGGUCGUCACUACCUUUCCCCCCUUCUCGGUUGGGCGCUUACCUGAUGAUUUGAAAUUUCUCCACUUCUUUAUCACUAGAUGUUAUCUGCCUUGCGACCUUUCUAGCAGCGAUCUCUUACAUUCUUCCGAUCUUUGGAUUAUUUCCAACGCUAAGGCUGGUCGACCCAUCAGUUAUGCAUCACUCAUGUUUCACCACAUGAUUCACUUUGGGGAUGAGUACUUUAGAGGACCUCUGCCUUUUGGCCCAUAGAUCAACAAACUGCUCUAUCGUUUGGGUAUCGAUCUACGCGAUAAGGUCACCAUGUGCAAUGUUUUGGACGAUCUACAUCCACAACAUGUUCUCCCCAAGUUAGAUGCCGAGGUUGGCCCCCGUAAGCUUGUCAGUGGCUCAGGGGGAGUCAUGGUUAGUCCUGAUUCACAAGCUUCUGGAAGACUCGUUGAUGCAACUGUGAUGGUAAUAAAGCGGGAAUCUUCCUGUGCAAGGAAGCAGACUGUCACUCUGAAAACGCUUAGGCUAAAAGAUAUUAUGUGGCCUAAGUUUGUGUAUGAAUUAGGAGUAGUCAAUGAUCCAAUGAGCUAUGAUUCAGAAUCUGGUGAAGAAGAUGGUAUUUGUGAGUAUGAGUCUCCACCAGAAUAUCCUUUCUAGAAGCCAUAGGUAGUAGACGUAGGGGGAGAUUCAAGAGACUUAGUAGUAUUUGAAUAAGAAUUGGAAAAAUAUAGUUUGUGUUAAGUCUUUGAUGUUUCUAUUUCAACCAUGUUUAAUUAAUGAAUAAAAGGAUUCUCCCUAAUGUCACCAAGUAUAAGAAAUGUGUUAAUUUCUCGGUUUCUUUAUUAGAACAGGUUGCACCAAUCGCGUGUUAAAUGUGUGCAGGUUGCAGAAAGAUCUAGUGACAAGCUUAAGGGGAGUUUGUUGGGUGAAGCUUGAUCAAUGGCACCGAGAAAUUUUGGAAAGAAGACAAGCAAUGGCACCUAGAAGAACCAAAGAGGAAAGUCCUGAAAUGGUGAUCAAUUACGACAAUCAAGCAAACAAAUUGAUUCCCUAAUCAGUAAGCAACGGUCGACAGAAGCAAAUUAUAAAAGAUGGGGUUGUGGGUAGAUCGAGAGUUGUCAAAGAGAUAGCUUGGGAGAUAGAGGUUGUGAUAUCAAGUCAGAGUUUUGCAGGGAGUUUAACUAUGAAAGGGAUUCUGAUCAGUGACGGGGAGUCACCUAGAGAUCAUCAGUUGUAUUGUGUAAAUCGGAUACAUAUCAUCAUAGUGAAACGCCAAAGGGUUCAAGCAGAAUUCCUUUGGUCGUGGACUAGUCGAUAAUGAUUCAUCAGUAUCGAAAACCAUGUAAAAAUUCUCUGUGUCAAAUUUAAUUUACAGUUCUUCUAACCAAGACUUUAGCAAGUCUCUAUUUCUGGUUGAAGUCUCUGUUUUUUCCAGGUUGGAUCGAGACAAGGAGUUGAAGCAGAGGAGGGAGAAGAGUUUGCCCGAUUAAAUUGAAUCAGACUGCUGAACAGAAAGGACUUCAUUGAGCCCAAUAGAAUCAAACAUAAUACACGAACUUUGGGCUUGAAGUCCAACAUUUGCUCAGUCUUAUUUUGUUUUCGUUCACAAUCUCUAAACAUAAGUUUUCAGUUUCAAUAGCUAUCUUGUUGGUCAAAGUAACAAAAAUCGUUAUGUAAAUUCUCAAUUCAUAUUAGGGUUUGUCGACGUCUCUGAAAAGGAGAGAAAAUCUCGCGCUCGACUCCUCCAACAGAAACCAACUCUUCUAAGAAACGAUUCAACCUGUAAGAAAAAAAAACAAUUCAACCUAAUUUCUUUCCCCUUUGUCUCCUUUUGGGAAUUCUAAUUUUCAUCUACUCAACAUUCUCCUUCCCCUGUUCUUUGGACCUUUCUCCCAAAUACUUUGUUGAGAGUUGCUAGUGUCAUAUUUGUUCAUUUUGUACGGGUGAGCUAAAUUUGAAGCUCUUAGGCUAUACGAAGCAUAUGCAUAGACGUUUUCUCUGCCUCUUUGUCUAUUUCCUCUGCCCCCUUUCGUUGCCUCGCUCUUAGCCUCAACUCUAACCUCCCCAACAAUGUUGAGUGUGAGGUCGUCGAUGAAUCGACCUAUCGUCUCCUCGGAAUACUCAUCAUUCGUUGCACCGCCCUAAUUCCCUUUCUCUUUGAAGUUCCACCCCCUCGACUCUGAUUGCUCGCAGCUCUGUUGCCUCUCCAUUCUCCUUCUCCUUGGAACACACUUGUAUGGCUUUUGCAUUCCUUUUUGGUGGCGGGGAUAUGCGGAGGUGUUGACGACAACUAUAUUUGCAGCUGCAACUUGCCACCAUAACUCAGAGUUCUAGACUGUCAACUUUAAAUCUUCGAUUCUUUGAAUACCAAAAUUUGAACCAUUAGAAAAUAACAAUAGAUCAUUCGCAAACAUCAAAUGAGUGAGACCAAUUCUUUUGCAGAUGGGAUGAAAAGUGAGAGUAUUAAUCUCAACAGCUAGAUACAAAUUUAGUUUGUACCAUACAAAAACCUGUACAAAAAGUUGUAGGUUCACUUGUACCUAAUACCAUAAUGCUAAAUGUACAUGUUCAGUUUGUACCAUAAAGACAAAAAAUAAAAAUCUCGUGUUUUUAAAGCAUUGUAAAAAUUUUCAAAAAAUAAAAAAAAGAAUAAAAU